UCGUUGACCACCCACAAAGACCAUUACCAAACUUAACGAACUUCCCUCCCUCUCUCUCGAUCUCUUUCUCUCGGCCUCUCUCUCCCAUCCUAACCUUCCUCCAUGUCCAUUCAAUGGGGGAGUCAAAGCCCAACAACGCAACACCACCGGAAACCCCAACCUCUUCAACACCAUCACUGUCUCUAUCAUCCGCCGAGCCCCCAAAGCCACCGACCCCACCACCACCACGAUCCCUCAUCCAACCCUCCCACAAGAAAAAAUCAAAGACCAAAGUCUUCCGCGUUUUCCGCUCCGUCUUCCGCUCAUUCCCAAUCAUAACCCCCGCCUGCAAGAUCCCCACUCUCCACGGUGGCGGCAUCAGCCUCCCCGACAGCCGCAGCAACGGAAUCACAGGCACGCGCGUCACGGGCACCUUGUUCGGGUACCGGAAAGGGAGGGUGAGCUUGUCGAUGCAAGAAAACCCUAAAUGUCUACCUUCGUUGGUCGUCGAAUUGGCGAUGCAAACGAAUGCGUUGCAGAAGGAGAUGAGCGCGGGGACUGUGCGGAUCGCGCUGGAGUGCGAGAAGAGGGCGGAGAAGGAUAAGACAAAAUUGCUAAACGAGCCGUUGUGGACGAUGUUCUGUAACGGUAAGAAGGCCGGGUACGGCGUCACGAGGGAGGCGACGGAGGAGGAUUUGAAUGUGAUGGAGCUUCUCAAGGCUGUGUCCAUGGGGGCUGGGGUGCUGCCGGGGAACUCGGACAUUGAUGGGCCGGAUUUGGAGAUUGUUUACGUUCGGGCCCAUUUUGAACGGGUUGUGGGCUCCAAGGAUUCGGAGACGUUGUACAUGUUGAGCCCGGAAGGGAAUAAUGGGCCGGAGCUCAGUAUAUUCUUUGUCAGGAUUUGAUUUGAUUUGAUGAUGCUUUUUUCGUUAA